AUGCUGCAGAAUAAUGAUCGCUAUCUCCAGCGCUCCAUCACCCGGCGCAGAACUGGAUGUCUAGUGUGUCGGCUCCGCCGGAAAAAAUGUGAUGAGGAAAAACCUGUCUGUCGGGGUUGUGCACGGAAUGUCCUGGUGUGUCGAUGGCCACCUCUGCAAAACGGAGAAUUUUGCAAUGACGCCAGAUCCUGGCGACAGACUCGUCCGACACCGACCGAACAACUGCACUCAGACCUACAGAGUAGCCAUCUUGACCGAGAGAGCUCGACGCUGAGUUUCCACACAAGCAAUUCAACAAAAUGGUCACCUGCGUAUCCGCUGGGCCAGCUCCUCGCCGGCCUGUCCUCAAAGCCCAUGCUCCUCCGGACCGAAGUGGGUUCGCACUUCUUCCAGCAUUUCCUUGAGCUUGUUGCCUUGCAGCUGUCCAGUCGCAACGACCCUGAAAAUCCAUGGAUCUCUCUGUUCAUCCCGCUCGCUAUGGGGGAUGAACUGGUUAUGUCGACUCUGUUGGCCUUGGGUGGAGCGAAUCUGUGCACUUAUUCCGGGCAUGCCCUCAAGCAGACAUACUCUUUUUAUGCGGUGGCCUUGAGGAGUGUCAAGCAUAGGGUGACGGAACUCGUGCAAGGCAACUAUUCGCAUUUGUUGAAUACCUUGGUAACAACGAUUGCGCUGUCCCAAUUCGAGGCUAUGAUUGGAGACACUCGAGGCGUACUUCUAUGCCAUCUACAGGCGUGCCGUGAGCUUCUCCUGCUAAUUCAAAGGAAGAGUAUUAGCAUCGACCCGGCCGUGCUUGCAUUUACUCUGGAAUUAUAUUUAUACGCCUCUGCCGUAGGGACCUCGUUCGUCUACGACGACCGUCCGGCUAAGCUCACCUUCGAUUCAGAGUACGACUCAUUACAAUCACUGUGUUGUGAUUCGAGGGGGUACGGGUUCAUGUUAGGAUACGCUGGCAGGCUCUUUCAGCUGCUCCCCCGCUUAGGGCAGACAGUUGGUCGUUGGAUCAGCCAAGACUGUGACCUCGAAUCCUCGAGCGCAGAUAAGCUGUUUCUCUUCUUUCAAGCCGAACUUCAGGGCUGGGCGCCAUCCUACCACCAAGAUACCAAGAUGCCGACCCUUUCUGACACUGUCGCUGACAACUCAGAGCCACAGUCUACGUUGAGGCGAUGGCAUCAUGAAGCACAGGUGGUUGCUAGAAUAUACCAUCAAGCCAUGUUAGCGUUCCUUUACAUGGGUCGACACGGUAGGCGACCGCCCGACGAAGCGCUCUUUGCUCUGAUCGACCCUCUGAUCGCCGAGUUCUUGCGCCUGAGAGCAUCUCUUCCCCCAGAGUCGCCUAUCUGGUCGAUCAUGUUAUGGCCAACAGUCAUGAUCGGCUCGUGCAUCCGCCGUCCAGAUUACCAAAUGUUGAUCACGGAAAAGGACUGUUGUAUGUUAACAGUGCUUAACGCUUUCGAUGUCUUGCAGCAGAUAUGGGAUGACGAGCGAGAGAUUGUUUUUGGCGCCGUCGGACUCUCUAUAGUCUGUACGAGUCAAAAGAUAACGUUAUGUCCUAUUUAA